AGAACCGAUAUCUUCUCCUCUGUCGACGGUUAUAUCGCUGUUGCUCGGGUCUAAUACUGUUAUGGCCUCUUAAGAUAUCCCCGUAUAUAAGACUCCUGUGUCCUAUUAUUGAACUUUGAUCUUUCGCCGAGACUCUAUCGACACCAGAACCAUACAAGGAGGACAUUGAAGAAUAUACUUCAUUACAAGACUUGAGAUAUAAUCACAAUGACCACCUUCACCAAGCCUAACCGCCCCCUUACCUGGCUCGUCACCGGAGCUACGUCUGGCUUCGGCGAGUCUCUCUGUCGUCUGGUCCUUGCUGGCGGCCACAAGCUCGUAGCAACAUCUCGCGAUCCUUCCCGUAACCCUGACCUUGCAGCUGAGAUCAGUGCUUAUGGAAACGGCAGCCGGUUUAUCCAACUUGAUGUCGAUGACAGGAACAGCGGCCAGGUCAUCGAAUCUCUAGAGGCUUCUGGAACGGGGAUCGACGUCCUGGUGAACAAUGCCGGAUACUGCAUUUACGCUCCCGUGGAAACCGCCGCGGAAGAGGAAGUGCGAGCUCUGAUGGAGACUUUGUACUUCGGUCCCCUUAGGCUCAUCCGCGCCGUGGUGCCUCACAUGCGCAAGCGCCGUUACGGCGUCGUCGUGAAUAUCAGCAGCGGCGCGGCGCUGGAUGGGAGAGAUAGCAUGGGGCUGUACGCCGGGGCUAAGGCCGCGCUUGACGGAAUAUCGAAAGUCCUAGCGAAAGAAGUCGCCCCGUUUGGAAUCCGCACGCUCACUGUCACCCUCGGGACGUUCAACACGAACUUUGCGAACGCUACUAUCGUCGGGAAGAACCCUCUCCCGGAUGAUUAUAAGGGGUCCGUGGCGGAACAGAUGAUCGAGAUUAUGUCUAGCGGGAAACUGCAACCCAAUGGCGAUAAAGACAAGGCAAUGAGGGCGCUCUACGAAGUCGUUAUCGGAGAAGGCGCCGGAAAGGGUCGCGAGGCAGAGCGGCUCCUUCCCCUGGGCUGCGAUAUGACGCUUCGAGUGAAAGGUCAGUUGGAGUACUUGAGCCACGCUUUGGAAGCUUUUAGAGACGUCACGGACUAUGUCGCCGCAGACAAGAAAGGAUCUGUAUGA